UUGUAUUCUAUUUGAGUGAGAGUGAACAGGGGAAAGAGAUUGCUGGUCAGAGAGAAAGAGAGAGAGAGAGAGAGAGAGAGAGAGAGAGAGCGAGCUCCUCCAUCCUCUGAUAUACCCCAUAGAUGACCACCAGGCCUUGGCCAGGCUGAAGCCAGGAGGCAGGAGUUUGGUCAUUGUUGUUACAGGAGCCCACAAUCCCCAAGUGUCUGGGAGUGCCUCGAUUCCUCCCUCCUAGGCAGAGGACCGUCUGGGGGGAUGUAGCUUUCUCGGCUGCCACUGAUUAGGCCUUCCAUGUUUGGACUGCAUGGACCCCACUACCUUCUGGGCUUCCAGGGUUUCUGCCGAGAAAUCUGAUGAUGACUUAGGGGAAAAGGGUGACAAAGCCACCUUCCUCUCAGCUCUGGAGAUGGGAACUGUGUACCUGAUGGUGUCUUGGGCAACAGAACACUUGUCCAGUUUACCGAGGCCAGAGAGAUUGUUCCAUCAUUCUGAGACACAUCACUCAGUGGGUAAAGGAGAGGAGGGGAUAUACUACGUGGAGACACUAGGAGGUCUUCGAAAGACACACUUAUUAUCAUAUUUACACCAGAAAUGAGAAGGCCACGGAAGCAAUCUACAGGUUGGAGUUUCUCAAAUAUUAAGUAUCAAUCUCUAUCACCAACCUAGGCCACAGAUUCUCCGGUAUCCGGGUAUCGUUUUUAUUUAAUUGGCAGAUUCUCGAGAAAACCACUGUGGAUGAACUACAGCUCCCAUUGGUCAAUUUCUUGCUCUGACUUCAUAAGGCACCACUGUUAUGAAAGACGUAUUAUUACUCAGUCCCUGGCUGGGCUGUGAUUGGUCCAUUUCUUGCUCUGAUCUCACAAGGCGCUGCUAUGUGAGGUGAGCCCCCAGAAAGUAUAUAUAGCGGCGGCGGGGGCCUAGAUUUUCGUCCGCCUUACCCAGAGAGCACUCUUUUGUGAUCUGUGUAACUAGGACCCCUCUAACUAGCGUUUCUGCUUGUUGGUGUUGCUUGUGCUUUUUCUUGGUUGUUUGUUUCUGGGUCUAUUUGGUUGUUGCUUUUUCCCAUUUUGUUUAGUUUGUUGUUUUCCUCCUCGUUGUUGUUUUGCCCAGUGGGUCUUUUUUUGCAGUUUUUGUUUAUUUUUGCUUCCCCCACUCUAGUCAGCUAGCACGAUCAGAAGCAUCAGCAUUAGAGUAUUUAGCGGCUUUUCCUCUUUGUUGUGUUCUGUUUUAUUGAGAUAGUCUAGCGGCUUUGCCUUUAGAGUAGUGAGUGUAGCUGCUGCUGUGUCUUAGUCAGCUGGGUAGUCAGUCCCCCGUGGUCCCUUUGUGUUGUAGGUAGUGCAGUGAGGGUCGGUGAUUAGCUAGUGUGCAUCGCGUGAUUUAGGGAGUCGAGAGAGUGUAGUUAGGUGGCCGGCAGCAUGGCCUUCCAUCCUCCCCUGGACGGGUUCCGCUUCGUGGAGGUGAUCGGCCAGGGCGGCUGCGGCCUGGUGAAGCUGGCCCGGCACCUGGCGUCGGGCAAGUACGUGGCGGUGAAGAUCCUCCUGCGAGACUGCUCUCCCAGCAGCGCGCUGUCCGCGCAGGGGGAAGCGGCCAUCCUGAGGAGCCUGCGGCACGACAACAUCGUGCGGCUGCUGGAGGAGCGGCACACGAGGACGCACCUGUUCCUGGUCAUGGAGCUGGCGACCAGGGGCUCGCUCCAGCGCUACGUGCUGGAGCAGGGAGGCCUGGCCGAGGCCGAGGCCAGGGCCCUCUUCCGCCAGGUGCUGGCCGCCGUGAGCUACUGCCAUGCCCAGCACGUGGCGCACCGGGACCUCAAGCUGGGCAACCUGCUGCUGGACGAGCACCUGAACAUCAAGCUGGCAGACUUCGGGCUGAGCCUGAGGCUGGAGCAGGGCACGCUGGUAAGGGGCUUCUGGGGCACCCCCGAGUACUGCGCACCAGAGGUUUUCCUCGGGGAGGCCUACGACGCAUUUAAGGCAGACGUCUGGAGCCUGGGGGUGGUGCUGUUUGCCAUGCUGGCGGGCACGCUGCCCUUCCGCGGCAAGGACACGGAGGAGCUGCAGGACACGGUGCUGUGUGCCUGCUAUGUGCUGCCGUGUACCGUCAGCCCGGCCCUGCAGGAGCUGCUGGCCUGGCUGCUCACCAUCGACGCCUCGGGGAGGCCGAGUGCGGAGGAAGCCAGGACCCACUGGUGGUUCGGCCCCGGCCGAGAAGCCGCCCAGGAGGGCGAGGAGGACGCGGUCACCCUGCUGCAGCCCCUGAGCGUUCCCCGGGACCCAGAGGCCAGGGAGUACCUGGCGGGCCUCGGACUGCUGCCAGGCAAGGGGACCGAGGGGCAGCCAGGCCCUCAGGCCCACAGCCCCGUGUCCCUGCCCGAGUCCUCACGUUGUGGCGAGCGCCACCCCAUGGAGGACGACAGCUUGUCUCUGGUGUCGGUGUCCUGUGACAGCAUGGCCGUGGACUACGUUUCCUCCGCACAAAGCAGCUACUCCGAGGCCUCCAGCCAGCCACAGCAGGAGCGGAGCCGAGCUCUCAGCCCAGCCCCCGACUCCUCCGAGGCCUCCAGCCAGCCACAGCAGGAGCGGAACCCUGCUCCCAGCGCAGCCCCUGAGCCAGCCUCCAAGGCAUUGCCCUCCAGCCCCAGUGCCAGGAGCCCUGUGGACCUUGCUGAGACAGAAGAUGCUGCAGCAGCCUGUGAGCCCGAGGAGGCUGGGACCGCAGCCACUGCUGACACCACAGGCACCACAGCCAGCGCCCAGGGCAAGAGGCAGGGCCGGCGCGGGGUCGGCAGGAGGAUCCUCGGGUUCCUGCGGAGGGCGUGCUGCGUCCUGCGGUCCCGAAGGAGCGGCCCUGGCCUCCGCUGCUGCAGAGUGGUCCCCCAGUAGCCUCACUCAGCCCCCGUCACCAGGAGCAAUCCGCAGGCUGAGCUGACUGAACGUUUUUCUUGAGCAUUUGAAAAUGCUUCUCAUGAAUAAAAUUCACCAUGUGUGCA